AUGGCUGCUGCUACUAGUGCUUCGGCACAGAGACCUCCCCCACGCACACCAGUCAAUGUUCCAUUGUCUCAGCUUCUUGACCCAGAAAUCCGGUCGCAGUCUCUUCCAUUAUCUGAGGGGUUCUCAUCCAUGCCGGCAAUGAGACUCGAGGGCUUUAGUGAUCCAAGCACAAUAUGCGGAUACAUGUCUGCAAGUAAGAUCCAUCAGUUUGACUCGCUGUCGGCCGCAGCCUACCCUUUCGCAUGCCUCGAUAUCCCCUGCGUCAACAGCGGAUCGUGGCGCGGCUGCUCCGGGCAGACAGAUGAGGGAUCGACCACUCAGACCUGGGAAGUGCCAACCAAAUGCUAUGACCACGGAGCCGCGGCCUGCAACACUGUCACUAACCCACAUGGUCAGGAAAUCUGCUGCGACCAAUUGUGGCCAACUUGCGCUACUUUCCUCUACUCGACUACCUCUUCGGAGACGUUUACAAUGCUCGACUGCGUUGCUAGUGAAUGGGCUCUUUCCGGACCUCUGACCGUAGAGUACAAGGUCAGAAACCACAACGGUAACGGCGAGUACAGGCCAGGCAACGGUCACCGUCUCGUCAAUAGUGACUAUCUCAUCAACAGUAGAGAUUACGAAGUCAGAUACCACAACGAUUACGGUCAGUGCAGGGACAGACAGUGCCACGGGUCCAACGUCUUCUCGAGCAGACACGCCGACAUCUAG